AUGUGCCACUUUCAGGUCUCCUCACACUGCUGCUGGAUUCCAUUUUUGUCAUAGGAUGCUGGCAGAUUACGGGCCUCCCAUUGCUGCGGCCAGGCCCCUAAUCUGCCAUGGGCCCCUGUACCGCCGCCUCCUCACGCUGCUGCCAGGUCCACAGUGUCUCAUGGGUCCCUGUACGGCCUCCCAUUGCUGCUGUCUCCAUCGCCACUCUCUGCCAUGUGCCACUUUCAGGUCUCCUCACACUGCUGGUUGGUUCCAUUUUGUCAUAGGGUGCUGUAUGGCCUCCCAUUGCUGCUGCCUCCACCGCCACACUGUGGCUCCACACUCUGGUUUUGGCCCCGUGACUGCCCAAAUGAGUGAAGUGUGCGGUGAUUCUAAGAUCGACGGCACUCAUCUGCAUGUCAUACUG